AUGGAAAACACUCCGGUGUCACUUCCAUCGAAUGCAUUGCGCAUUAAUGGAAUCCCAGAAGAUAUGACUGCGGUGCAAAUCAUCGAAUUCAACAAACCUUACAGAAUUUACAAAAUACCUACCCCAACCUACCUUGAAGAAUAUGACAUCCUGCUCAAAACAACAGUUGCAUCAUUUUGCCAUACAGAUUUGAUGGUCAUUGAGGGUAUCUUCCCAACUAAAUUGCCAUGCACGGCUUCACACGAAGGAGCCGGGGUGGUUGCAGCUGUCGGUUCCAAGGUUCGUAAUUUCAAGAUAGGAGAUCGAGUCAUGUCCGGGGAGCCAAAGAAUCCGUGUGGGGUCUGCUACAACUGUAAGGGCCCUAACGAUUGGCAUCAAUACUGCGAGAAUAUUGAGGGCCACAUUGGCGUAUUUAUUGAUGGGGCAUUUGCCGACUAUCACGUCGUCGAUAGCCGGAACAGUUGUUUGAUCCCAGAGAAUGUAAGCUCUUUGAUCGCGGCUCCGCUGGCCUGCGCGGGAAGAACAAUAUAUCGUUCACUCAUCAUCAGUGAACUGAAACCGGAUGAAUGGGUCGCAAUUGUGGGCGCCGGUGGAGGAUUGGGGCACCUUGGCAUUCAGUUUGCGCUGGCAAAAGGUCUUCAAGUGAUUGCCAUUGAGGCGAGAGAUGAAGGAUUGGAAGUAUGUCAGAAAUACGGAGCGAAACAUAUCAUCGAUGCUCGGCAAGGCAGCGAUGAAAUCGUCCGCCAAGUACAGCGUCUCACUGGUGGGCUGGGCGUGCAUGCAUCUAUAAACUUAAGCGAUGAUUCUGCAGAAAUGGCUUGUGCCGUGACAAGGAUGCACGGGGUCAUGAUUCAAGUGUCACAGCCUGAAAAAGUGAGUGUGACAUUUCAACAACUAAUUUUCCGAGACAUUCGAAUCAAAGGAACUUUGAUAGCUGGAUCAGAGUACAGUCAACAAAUGUUGGAUGACGUAGCUAAGCACGACAUCAAGUGCGAGAGCACUAUAUUUUAUGGGCUGGAGCAGGUUCCACAGAUGGUUGAGCUUGCUCAGUCGGGGAAGCUUAAGGGGAAGGCUGUUUGCGUAGUUGACUCAGUUGAGUUAGAAAAAGAAACUGUUUCUGGGUAG